AUGGCGGAUGGCCGAGAAGCAACGCGGUCGUUGCGCAAGCAUAUCAAGAUGCAAGGACCUAAAGCAGCUAUUGACGGCCUGCGGCGCAUGGUGCAUCAUGCACUUGAGGUGAACGUGAUACACUGCAAUGUCGUCAUUUCAGCAUGCGCCGCCGCGACCGACUGGUCGUCAGCAUGGGGCUUGCUGAGCCGCAUGCGCACUGCAUGGGUUGAGGCAACAAUCGCCAGUUACGGUGGCGUUGCUGCGAGUUUGAAACGCGGCUGGCCCCGAGCAUUAGCCUUGCACGAAGCUUUGUCGCCGUCCGGCCUUCGCCCGAGCACAAUCUUGAUGACAUCCAUCGCAGCCGGGCUCCAGCAAGGUCUUCAGUGGCAGCGAUCUCUUGCGUUGGGGGUGUUGGACCGUGCGCUGCCACCUAGUGUGAUCUGCCAAAAUGCAGUUGCAUCUGCCUGUGCAAAAAGUUUCAUCUGGUCGGCAGCACUUCAUAUUCUUAUGGGCCAGAAGGAAAAGCUCAUGCAGCCGGAUGCCAGUUCAGUGGGGAGCGCCACGGAUGCUUUCACCAAUGCAAGAAUGUGGAGAAGCGCGUUGAGAAUCCUGCAUGGAAUGAUGGACCUACAGAUCCGGUGCCAUCAGAUUGCUUACAACUCUGCAGCGAGCGCAUGUGUCGCCAUGCGAGAGUGGAAAGAGGUGUUGGGGGUGCUCAGGGAUAUGGCUCUGAACUUCGCAACCUUGAGCACCAGGAGCUUCAAUGCGGCGAUCUGCGCUUUACCAAGCACUGCCAGGUGGCAACACGCAGCUUUACUGAUACAGGCCUUAUCCAGAGAUGGCUUGAAGCCAAGCACAGUGUCCUUGAACUCUCACAUUGAUGCUUGUGGUGCCGACUGGGCGCUGUCAGUCGCCAUACUGGACAUCGCACAAGCCGCGACUAUUGUACCUGACCGGCUAAGCUGCAAUUCGGUUCUCAGCGCGUGCUCCAACUACGAAGCGUGGCAAACGUCUUUGUCCAUUGUCGGCCAAUCUCGCCAGCACAAGUCUGCAGAUGUCGUUGGCUUGAACUCGGCCAUGCGGGCAUGCAGGCGACAUUGGGAAGAAGCUUUAAACCUUUGCUCCGGGCUCUUGCCAAGAGCUGUGCGGCCCAGCUCAAUUACUCUGAAUACAGUGCUGAGUUCAUGCGAACAGUGUGUGCGGUGGCUGCAAGCGCUUUGGGUUCUGGGCAGUUGGCGCCGGCUGAGGACACGCCAAGACGUGAUCUCCUACAAUUCGUCCAUCAGCGCAUGUGAAAGCAGCUGGACAAUGGGUUUACAGUGCUUAUCGGCAGUGCUGCAGCAGCAGUUGCUUCCAGACCUGGUGACAUACAAUGCUGCUUCCCACUCCAGCUCCGCGGUAUCCUGGAAAUCGAGCCUGACGAUUUUCAGCGACCUCAGUCACACUUGCAAUCUGUCGUACGAUACUGUCGGCUGUGGCACGGCGCUGGCUGCUUGCAGUUUGGGCUUUAGCUGGACUGGCGCCUUGCAAGUCCUCUUGGACAUGAACCGCCACAUGUUGCAUGCCAAUGCCUGGACCAUCAGCUCAGCAGUGAGCAGCUGUGAGAAGAGCCUGAGGCCUGCGACAGCACUGAAGGCACCACUUCCACAUCUCGUCAGUUUUCAGAAGGAUCCCGAACCCCGCUUCUAG